CGGUCACCAUAAGUAUAGAAGAAUUGGUGAUGGCGGAUCCUGAGGACACGAAUGGAAGCAUCAACACGUCUACGCUACCACGUAGCGCCAAACGAUGUCGUAUACCACGACUGAAUCGUUCGACGUCGAUGCGAGGGAAAAACGACCGCGUGGACAGUCUGAAAUCCGAAGGCCGUCCAAAAUCUAUGACCCUCUCCUCCCAGAGGGACUACCCGUGGCAGCUGGAAAGCAGGUAUGGUGACCUGGGGUCCAUGAACUCCAUGCCCUUUUCCGUAGACGACGACAGCUCGGUGAAGAGUUUCGGCAGCUUCAUGAGCUACAAUUCUUACGCUAGUCAAAGCCAGUGCACCGAGGCUUCCAUGUCACGGCCAAUGAGCCGAUCCUACUACGGCAAGAAGUACGUCCUGCACUGUGAUCGACACCUGGUGAAGCAGGAAGAAUAUCUGACCCCCACCCAGAGAAAGGACAAAGAGAUCAGGCAGCUGAAGUCGGCCCUCAUGAAGCAGACCAAGAAUUGCGAAGAGAAGAAUCAGGAGAUCGAAAGAUUAAAGGACGAUCUGCAACGCCUGCAGGACGCAAUAGCCGCGCUUCAACUUGGAAAGCAUAGCCUUAUGAAUUCCUCCCAGGAAAGUGAUAACCUAGACAGCUUAAAUGUGAAAAAUUCCUCUGAAAUUAGCUUCGAGAGCAACGAAUCCGAUAGAAGUGACAUACAGACUGUUACUAUGAACCAUGACGAUAGUGGAGUAUCAAAUGUCAUGUCAAUGAGUCCAAGAAACAGCUCUGAAUUCGACGACCUAGAUGGCCAACACACUAAAGUUCAAACAGCCGAUAAAGCAGUGCUAACUGACAUGUCAUUUUCAGACUUUACCCCCAAGAGCAGGUCCGAUUCCAACGAAUCCGAAUACUCUCUUCGUGGUUUCAACGACCGGUCUUUUGUAGAUACUCCUAAUACAUCAAGCACACAAGAGGAAAAAAUUAUCUCCAUAGUAACGCCUAAAAUAUGCCAAGAAUUAGAGAAAUUUUUCACUUCCUAUAAGGAAGAGUUGAGCCAACUGAGAGCACAGCAUAAAGAACAUUACCAGGAUUUGAAAGAAGGAUUUAAUGGAAGAGUGGACGAUUUGUUGCAAAAAUUGUCUGAAGCUAAUACUAGGUAUUUGGAAUUGCGCCCGCUUUUUGACAAAGCCCAAGAAAAAAUACAGAGUAUCGAGAGUCAACUAAUUGAAGUGCGCAAGGAUAUUGAGACCCAGGAAGAUUACCACAACCAAAUGUACCUCAAGAUGUACAGGAAAGGACAGGAAACGGCUAGGUUAGAGCAAGCUGAUGAAGCUUUGGAUUUCUCACCCCACUUGUCCAAACGUGUUUCCGUUCCAGACCUUUUAAGGCAACUUCAUCAGCUUGAGAUGGAACUCGAUCAGACUAAGCAGUUGUACCGGGAGGCUGCUCGAGGAAUGGGGGACCGACAGGCAGAGUACACUCUGCGUUUCCUCAAGGAUGCUGUCUUUUACUUUCUCACCAAAAAAGACAAAGAGCAUCUGAAGGCCAUCCAAAGCAUUUUGGGAUUUACGGACACAGAACGGAUGGCUGUCGCAAAAGCGAUGAAACACAGGAGGCUAUUCUGUUCACCUUUUAAGCUUAAAAAAUGACAUGUCGAGACUUCCAUUUCCGAAGAAGGCAGAAGUAACAAGGCUGGAUAUGUAUUUUCUGUACCGAAAUGGGCACAGCUACUACAAAAUGCAUAUCUAAAACUUGUGAAAGGUUCAACUGCAAAUCUUUUUUUUUUAAUUAGAAAGCAUUCUUGCUUUCAUGAGUAUUGAAAAUUUAUUUCAAUCCAUCCAAUUUGUGUAUAUAAUUUGAGGGUCUUGAACUUUAUAUGAUAUAUUCAAAAAAUUAUACAUGAUCAAAUUUUACAAUUUUAUCAGUUUUUAAACUUCUGAAAUAUUCAAAAUCCAUUAUCAAAUAAUUAAAGUAAAUAAUGUCAUAAAAUAAAAAAUAGCAACUUUGACUAUAGUUAUAUACCAUUACAAGAGAUAAUAAAUUAUUAGGAUGUAAUUCUAUUCAAUUUAGACUAGUACACUGCAUUCUAGGUUCGCUUAGCUGUGAGAAUUUUAAGUCUUCAAAACAAAUAUAUAUAUUUACAUUGUUAUCCAUAAAGUAAUGUUUAAGAAAUUGUUGUGAAGUAUUUGAUGAUGCCUUAAGAAAUAGAAGGAAACUAUUUUCCAUAAAGAGAAUAAGAAUUGUUAUUGGAUUAGAGAUUUAUAUUUCAUACAUAUAUCCAUGUUCAUAUUAAGGACAGUUAAUUCGUCCAAUCAAUAUUUAUAGGGCAGUAUUAUAAAAUGAAAUUUUGGAGAAAGAGCAUUUAUACAGUAUUUGUGUUCUAUUAUCUCUGUCCAUAUUUUGUGAUAUUUUCAUUUUUAGUUAUAGUAUUAUGUGCAUACUUAUGAUAUAAGAUUAUUCUAAACAUAACAGCACAUUCCAUUUUUUUUAGCUAUUCUUAAUUUUAUGUCCAUCUUAUGUUUGGAUCAAUUGCAUUAAACAAGGACAUGAACAUUGUUUUAUUUAUUUUGAUUUCAAUUAUUGAACAAAUGCUUGGAAUUUAAUAUUAUUUACUUGCAUCUUUUUUUGUGUUUUCUGUUUUCAGUAUUAUUUUGUUAAUCUCUAUAAUAUUUAGUUGUUAUUUUCACAUACUUUCAGUGAAAACUUGUGUUCCCAAAAGAAAUCAUACCAAACUUUAAGAAACUAUAUUUCUUUCAAAGACUGAACUAGUAUUAUUUCAGAAGAAUAAAGUAACUGAAAACCUGAAAA